GUUCCUUCGAGGUUACAACCAUCCUGGGUGGUUUCCAGAUCAACAUGACCAGUGCUCCCACUGGUGACUACAUCAUUUCCAUUUAUGAAAAAGGCCUAAAAGUUCCUGAGAAGGAAUUCAAGAUCUUCAACAAAACCUCAGCAUGGUCAGAACAAAUCAAACAUCUGAAGCCCUGUACUGAAUAUGAGCACAGAGUGGAACUUGUUCACAGUGAUGGGAACACACUCUGUAAGAGCCCUGAAAAUAAAACCAGAACUGGAACACCUGUUAGGGGUGACAUUAAAGAUGCCUUCAACUACCCCGGACAUGUUUGUUAUGAAAGUGACUGGGACAUCAGCUCUUCAUUGUCAAAAACAUUUGAUCAACAUGACAUUCGAACACUUUGCUUCAAACUCUCGGAUAAAGACUUCUGCUCAGAUUUUACUCUAAAUGUCGCUCCUGAAAACUGUGUGAACUCCUCCUUUACCGUGACUAAACAAAUCACCACCGGUACGUACAGAGAGCUCAAACUUUCCUCUCAACUCGGUCUUCUU